AGACAACCCGCCAUUGAAAAAUGUGGACAGAGCCUAUUUGGAUUUUGAUCGCACUGGCAGUCCUAGUCCCAGCUCAAGGCAACCCUCCAGUGAUAACAAAUUUCCCAAAAGAGGAUUUGGUUAAACCAGAGGACGUGAAAUUCAAGUCAGAUCUAAGCUUUACACUUCCUUGCAAUGCCACCGGAUCUAACUUAACGUGGACCUGGAAGCAUAAUGGGACAGCUAUAACCGACAGCUCACACUUUGACCUGAGUGAAGAUGGUACCUUGACUGGCAAGGACCUCCGUGCAAUCCACAGUGGUACAUACCAGUGCUUUGUCAAGGACGAAGUCACUGGCGCUGUGGCAUUUAGCAGGAAACUUAAAGUCGCGGUCACAGUCGUUGGCGCCUUCAUCGAUCCCAAGGAUGACGUGGUAAAAGUAAAUCUCGGCGAGUCUUUCUACUACGACUGUCCACCUCAUUCAUACAGCUAUGGGGUGGUCUACAGCUGGGGAAACAUCCGUGGCAAUACACCGUACACAUUCGCAAGAAAUGAACGUCGGUCUAUUCUAAGCAAUGGUACUUUGUAUAUUACGUAUUUAACGCAAAAAGACAUCGAUGAAAUUGAAUUGUACGAUGGCAUCAAGUGUACCAUUUCUGGAGCGAAUUUUUUUCAAAGAUCUGGGACCUUGAGAUUGGAGAAGAUCAAUGAAAAUCAAACAGAUUCUGAAAACUCUACUUCACCCUCGUGGUUACUAACCCCAAAUGAGAAAGAGAGUGCCGUAGAAGGAAAGAGCAAGAUUUUGUAUUGCUUUGCAAAUGGAAGACCAACACCAAAAAUUACUUGGAAGAAGGAUGGACGCAAGAUAACAGAUGGACAGAACUCGUUUAUCAUUUCUGACACUUUCUUUGGAAGACGUCUUUCCAUUGAAAGUGUUGAUGAGACCAAUCACCAAGGCGUCUACACUUGUGAGGCCGAAAACGCUAUGAACACAGACAACCCAAUCACUUUCAAAACUACACUUACAAUAGAAGUUCCACCAAAAUGGACAGCGAAUCCUCCACCAAAUGACAUCACCAUCGUCAUUGAAAAAAACGGCACGUUGGAAUGUCAGGUAACAGCAAACCCUGCUGCAAUAACGACAUGGUAUAAAAAUGGAGAAGUACUUCAGCCUUCAGGGCGUCUUGUCUUAGCUGACAACAAGUUACAUCUAACAGAUGUGAAUCUUGACGAUACAGGCGUCUAUCAAUGCGAGGCCACCAAUGCUCAUGGCACGAUCAUAUCUUCAACUUGGGUCUACGUUUCAGCUUGGAAGCCAUCUUUUGAAAACGUGCAGUUUGGUCCUUUUCAUCUGCUCAAUGAGAAAGAGGCUAGGUUACCUUGUAAGCCUAGCACAGGAGCGCCGCAACCAUCAUAUCGCUGGUUUAAAGAUGGCGAGCUUAUUACUUACGAAGAGAACAGUCGCUACAAGUUGGAUAUGGACGGAACACUGGUUAUAAAAGAAGUCGAUAAGGAUCAAGAUGGGGUCAACUACACUUGCAAGGCAAGCAACCUUAUGGGCGAAGACUCUAUAACCACGGUGCCAAUUAUUCUUGUUCCACCAAUGUUGACAACUGAGCCUUCAAACCAGACAGUCCUUGAGGGUACCACCGUAACAUUCCAAUGUAGUGCCACAGGAAACCCAACUCCAAACAUAACAUGGACAAAAGAUGGCAAGGGAGUGGGAUCUGGGAACAUUCUACGCUUUCAGACCAACAGAAAUCAAUCUGGAAAAUACCGGUGUUCGGCAGAAAAUGGAUUAAAUAUUACCGCCGAUGGAAGCGCUUUUCUAAAUGUCCUAUACAAACCAAGCUUGACUACCCUUCCUUCGGAUCAAAUUGUUUUGGAGGGUAACACGGCCACAUUCCACUGCGAGGCCACUGGAAAUCCAGCACCAAAGAUAACGUGGAUGAAAGAUGGGAAAACUGUUUCUCAAGAACAACCAUUGAAUAUUGAAACCCACAGAAAUGAUUCUGGAAAGUACUGGUGUCUAGCAGAGAACGGAUUAAAUUCCACUGUUAAUGCUAGUGCUAUGCUUGAUGUUCAAUUUCCACCAAGUUUAACAACUGUUCCAGUAAACCAGACCAUCAUGGAGGGCAAAACCGUAACAUUUCAUUGCACUGCCACCGGGAACCCGGCUCCAACGAUAACAUGGACAAAAGAUGGCGAAGAUGUGGAGUCUGGAGAAGUAUUGAGCCUCGAAACCAGCAGGAAUCAGUCUGGAGAAUACGUUUGCACAGCAGAAAAUGGGUUGAAUUUUAACGCUAAUGCCAGUGCUGUCCUGGAUGUUCUUUACAAACCAAGCUUGACUACCCUUCCUUCGGAUCGAACUGUCUUAGAGGGUAACACGGCAACAUUCCACUGUGCAGCCGCUGGAAAUCCAGCCCCUAAGAUAACAUGGAUGAAAGAUGGGAAAACUGUGUCUCAAGAACAAACAUUAAAUAUUGAAACCCACAGAAAUGAUUCUGGAAAGUACUGGUGUCUAGCAGAGAACGGAUUAAAUUCCACUGUUAAUGCUAGUGCUAUGCUUGAUGUUCAAUUUCCGCCAAGUUUAAAAACCACUCCAAUCAACCAGACUGUCAUGGAGGGCGCCUCGGCAACAUUUUACUGCACCGCCACCGGCAACCCAGCUCCAGAGAUAACAUGGACAAUAGAUGGGAUGAAGGUUGGAUCCGGAGAUACGCUGAGCUUUGAAACUAAUAGGAAUCAAACUGGGAAAUACUGGUGCUCAGUGGAGAAUGGAUUAGAUGUUGUCAACGCCAGUGCUGAUCUCGAUGUUUUGUAUAAACCAAGUUUGAUCACUAAUCCGACAAACCAGACCGUCCUGGAGGGUACCUCAGCGACAUUCCGCUGUGUGGCUGAUGGAAAUCCAAUCCCACAAAUAACAUGGAAGAAAAAUGGGAAGACUGUGUCCCAAGGAGACACACUGAACUUUGAAACAAACAGAGCUCAAUCUGGCGAAUAUUUUUGUUUGGCAGAGAAUGGUUUAAAUUCUACUGCGAGCGCCAGCGCACAUCUAGAUGUUCAAUUUCCACCAAGUUUAGUUACUACUCCAGUAAACCAGACCAUCAUGGAGGGCACCACAGCCACGUUCCAUUGUACCGCCACUGGUAACCCAGUUCCAAAGAUAACGUGGACAAUGAAUGGAAAGAGAGUAGGAUCAGGAAAAACACUGAGCUUUGAAACAAACAGGAAUCAAUCUGGGAAAUAUUGGUGCUCAGCGAACAAUGGAUUAGAUGUUAUUGUCAACGCAAGUGCUUACCUCGAUGUCCUGUAUAAACCAAGUUUGACCACCCCUCCGACAAACCAGACCGCCCUUGAGGGUACCUCAGCGACUUUCCGUUGUAAGGCUGAUGGAAAUCCAACCCCAAGGAUAACAUGGGAGAAAGAUGGGAAGACUGUGGCUGAAGGAGACGUACUGAGCUUCGAAACAAACAGAACUCAAUCCGGCAAAUACUUAUGUUCGGCAGAUAAUGGUUUAAAUUCUACUGUGAGCGCAAGCGCACAUCUUAAUGUUCAAUUUCCACCAAGUUUAGUUACUACUCCAGUAAACCAGACCAUCAUGGAGGGCACCACAGCCACGUUCCACUGCACAGCCACCGGUAACCCUGUUCCAAAGAUAACAUGGACAAUGAAUGGAAAGACAGUAGGAUCAGGAAAAACACUGAGCUUUGAAACAAACAGGAAUCAAUCUGGGAAAUACUGGUGCUCAGCAAAGAAUGGAUUAGAUGUUAUUGUCAACGCAAGUGCUAACCUCGAUGUCCUGUAUAAACCAAGUUUGACCACCACUCCGACAAACCACACCGCCCUUGAGGAUACCUCAGCGACAUUCCGCUGUAUGGCUGAUGGAAAUCCAACCCCAAAGAUAACAUGGAAGAAGGAUGGGAAGACUGUGGCUGAAGGAGACGUACUGAGCUUCGAAACAAACAGAACUCAAUCUGGCAAAUACUUAUGUUCGGCAGAUAAUGGUUUAAAUUCUACUGCGAGCGCAAGUGCGCAUCUUAAUGUUCAAUUUCCACCAAGUUUAGUUACUACUCCAGUAAACCAGACCAUCAUGGAGGGCACCACAGCCACGUUCCACUGCACAGUCACCGGUAACCCUGUUCCAAAGAUAACAUGGACAAUGAAUGGAAAGACAGUAGGAUCAGGAGAAACACUGAGCUUUGAAACAAACAGGAAUCAGUCUGGGAAAUAUUGGUGCUCAGCGAACAAUGGAUUAGAUGUUAUUGCCAACGCUAGUGCUAAUCUCGAUGUCCUGUAUAGACCAAGUUUGACCACCACUCCGACAAACCACACCGCUCUUGAGGGUACCCUAGCGACAUUCCUCUGUGUGGCUGAUGGAAAUCCAACCCCAACGAUAACAUGGAAGAAAGAUGGGAAGACUUUGACUCACGGAGACACACUGAGCUUCGAAACAAACAGAACUCAAUCUGGCGAAUAUGUUUGUUCAGCAGAGAAUGGCUUGAAUUCUACUGUUAGUGCAAGCGCACAUCUCAACGUUCAAUACACAACUAGUUUAAUCACCAAACCAUCGGACACAGUAGUCAUGGAAAACCAAGAAGUUAAUCUCCAAUGUAGUGCCAUUGGGAACCCAACUCCAAAAAUAACGUGGAUCAAAGACGGGGAGGAAGUAGACACAGGAAAUAAACUCAGCUUCAAGGCCCUUAGGAGUCAAAGUGGAAGAUACUGGUGUUUGGCACAAAAUGGCUUAGAGGACAGUGUUAAUGCCAGUGCUUAUCUGGAUGUACAGUUUCCACCAAGUCUAAUCACAACACCACUUGACCAGAGAGUUAUUGAAGGAUCCAAAGCAACAUUCCACUGCAAUGCCACAGGAAACCCAACCCCACAAAUAACAUGGAAAAAAGAUGGGGAGGUUGUUGCUGAAGGAGAAAGUCUGAGCUUCGAAACCAACAAGAAUCACUCUGGAAAAUACUUGUGCAUUGCAGAAAAUGGAUUGAAUUCUACUGCAAGUGCCAGUGCAAAUCUUGACGUUCAAUUUGCACCAAGUUUGAUCACAACACCAACUGACCAAACAGUUAUGGAGGGAGCCGAAGCAAUAUUCUUCUGCAACGCCACAGGAAAUCCAAUCCCAAAGAUAACAUGGAUGAAAGAUGGAGAGAUUGUAGGUCAGGGAGACACACUCAGUUUUGAAACCAGCAGGAAUCAGUCUGGAAAAUACCUGUGUUCAGCAGAAAAUGGACUUAACUCAACAGUGAAUUCCACUGCUAAUCUUGAUGUUCAAUUUCCUCCAAGGUUUUCUACCAAGCCAUCUGAUAAGACUGCCAUGGAAAGUGAACAAGUCACUUUCCACUGUACAGCCACUGGAAACCCAACCCCAACGAUAACAUGGCUAAAAGACGGAAACCGUUUGGCCGAGGGAGAAACGCUGAGUCUCACAGCCAACAGAACCCACUCUGGAAAAUACUGGUGUUUAGCAGACAAUAAUUUAGAUAUAACAGUUAACACAAGUGCUUCCUUGGAUGUGCAGUUUACACCAAGUUUAAUCACAACCCCAGAAGAUCACACAGUCAUGGAAUCUGAAACUGUAACAUUCUAUUGCAAUGCCACUGGCAACCCAACCCCAAGGAUAACAUGGAUUAGAGAUGGGAAGACUAUUGCUGAUGGAAACAUUCUGAGUCUUGAGACCAACAGGAAUCAGUCUGGAGAAUACUGGUGUUCAGCAGAGAAUGGACUUAACUCAACUGUGAAUGCCAGUGCUAAUCUUGACGUUCAAUUUCCUCCUAGUCUCAAAAUCAAACCACAGGAUCAGUCAAUUGUGGAAAAUAAGGAAGUGACUUUCCACUGCACUGCCACUGGCAACCCACCUCCAACUAUAACAUGGAUUGAAAAUGGGAAGACUGUGGCUCAGGGUGAUUCUUGGAGCUUUAUAGCUAAAAGAAAUCAUUCUGGAAAAUACUGGUGUUCUGCAACAAAUGGAUUGGAUAAAACAACCAAUAGUAGUGCCUACCUUAAUGUACAAUUUGCACCAAGCUUAAUUAGUACACCAGCUGACCAGACAGUACUUGAAAGUGAAACAGCAACCUUUUACUGCAAUGCCACUGGAAACCCAGCCCCAAAGAUAUCUUGGAUAAAAGAUGGGAAGACUGUGGCUCAUGGAGAAACACUGACCUUUAAAACAAACAGAACUCAGUCUGGAAAAUAUUGGUGUUCAGCAGAGAAUGGGUUGAAUUCUACUGUCAAUGCUAGUGCUAGUCUUGAUGUUCUGUUUCAACCAAGUUUCACAACUGAACCAUCCAAUCAAACAAUAGUUGAAAAUGAAGAGGUUACUUUACAUUGCAUGGCCACCGGAAACCCAAUCCCUGAGAUAACAUGGAUCAAAGAUGGGAAGACUGUGGCUCAAGGAGACAAACUGAGUUUCAAAGCUAACAGAAGUCAUUCGGGAGAAUACUGGUGUAAAGCUGGAAAUGGUCUGGAUAUCUCUAUCAAUGCUAGUGCUUACCUGGACGUCCAAUUUGUACCUGGUUUAAUAACGGAACCAGUUAACCAAACUGUUACUGAAUCGGAAAAUGUAACAUUCCACUGCAAUGCCAUCGGGAAUCCAACUCCAAAGAUAUCAUGGAUGAAAGAUGGGAAGACUGUGGCUAAAGGAAAAACACUGAGCUUUGAAACCAACAGGAAUCAAUCUGGAAAGUACUGGUGUUUAGCAGAGAAUGGACUUAAUUCCACUGUUAAUGCAAGUGCCACUCUAGAUGUCCAAUUUCCACCCAGUUUUACCACCAAGCCUUCUAACGAGACCGUUGUUGAAAAUAAGGUGGUGGCAUUUUACUGUGCUGCCAUUGGUAACCCUGUUCCAAAAAUAACCUGGAUGAAAGAUGGAGAGAUAGUAUCACAAGGAGAGAGUCUUUCCUUUGGAGCGAUCAGAAGUAAGGCUGGAAAGUACUGGUGUUCAGUCAGCAAUGGCUUGGGUGUUGCUGUCAACACAAGUGCUCAUCUUGAUGUACAAUUUGCACCAAGUUUAAUCACAAAACCAACAAACCAGACAGUAAUUGAGUCCAAAACUGUAACAUUCAACUGCUCUGCCACUGGGAACCCAACCCCAAAGAUAACUUGGCUAAAAGAUGGGACUACUGUUGGUCAUGGAGAAACACUGAGCUUUGAAGCAACCAGGAAUCAAUCUGGAAAAUAUUGGUGCACAGCUGAGAAUGGAUUGAGUGUGAUUGUGAAUGCCAGUGCUAUUCUUGAUGUACAAUUUCCACCAAGCAUAAUAACCAGGCCAUCAGAUCAAACGAUCAUUGAAAACAAAAGGAUAACCUUCCACUGUACUGCCACUGGGAACCCAAUUCCAAAGGUAUCAUGGCUGAAAGGUGGAGAGACUGUGGCUAAAGGAGAAACACUGAGCUUUGAAGCCAACAGAAAUCAAUCAGGAAACUACUGGUGUUCAGUAGAAAAUGGUCUGGGUGUCACAGUGAACGCCAGUGCCCACCUUAAUGUACAAUGUAAGUGA